GUGAAAAAAUGAGUACUUUUUGUGAGUUUUCAUUAAUCAAAUUAAUUUCAUUUCAUUAAUUAAAGAGUUGUUAUACUUUUUUUAGAGAAGGGAGAAUGGAAAUGCUGUCACGAUUCCAGUAUUUGAUUCUAUUAGACAACCAUAGCUACCGUUAUAUAGUUGUGUUCGAUAAUGAUUCUGAUUCUAAAGAUGAUGAUGAGUAUGAACCUAAAAUAUAACUGUCCUACUUUUUUUUUGUGUCUGUACAGUAGCCAAUCAUUCCUAAUUAAAAAGUGAUUCGAAAUUAUAAACAGUGUACAAAGUAUGUAAAAAGAACAAACGCUCUAUUCCAAAUUGAGACCGCUUUUUCUACUAUAAAAUUUUCAUUUCCAAAUUGAGACUAUUUUUUAAAUCUAAUUAAUAAUCAUCAAAAAAAAGUGGUCUCAGUCAUGUAGUAGCCCAAAUGACUUUUGAACAGAAAUGAAUAAUCAUAAUUUUCUUUAUUCUUGUCAAGCUAAUUGUAGCAUAAUGUUUUUACAUCGUUCUGUGCAGUUAACAACUCACGACAGUAAUACAGUUAUGAAAUUUAGCUUGUUAUAACAAGCUAUUAAAUAAUAAGCUAAAUUACAAAAUUACAACUUUCACAGCAUCAAUGAGAUAUCGUACUAAUGAGGUUUGUCUGAAUUGUGGAAGUACUCCGUACAGAAGUCUUUGAGCGGUGAGUACUAAAAACACAUUUUUGCAUUUUUCAGAAAAAUUUUGUUAAACUUAUAUAAAAUGGCUCAUAAAUGCAGAUUAUAUACAAUCUCGACAUUAAAUGUGAAAUAUGCAGGAACAGAGAGCAACCAGACUUUUAUUUUUAGAAAACAAAGUAUUGAAUUUUAUUUUUUUUUACUUAAGAUUCAGCAAAUUAUGUUCAUACAUUUACGUAUGGUUACGGUGAUAAGGUAAUACCAGGUCACACAUGGUUUUUCCAAACACCUGAAUACAACAUCUAUGCCACUGUCAGUGGGGAUGGGAAGUGUAUACCAUUUACUGAAACUGUUAUUAUCGGAACACCAAUGCCAAUGAUAAGCACAAUGACAUAUACCGAUUUCAUGCCUGGUAUCAAAGAUCCAAGUGUGUUCGUUAUUCCAGAAAUUUGUAAAAGUCUAUAA